AUGAUUCGAGUUACCAGACCAAAACCGAUCAUCGACUCACUGAGUUACCACCUUCUCCAGAGAUGCUCCGUUAGCGGAACCCCUAAAGGAAAAUCCAAGCUCAAGACAGGUCAGCCACUGAAGCGUAACAAACUCACCACCAAAAAAGGCGGUAAAUCCGGCGGCGGCGGAGGAGGAGGAGCUGUAGAUGGAGAGGAAGCUGUUAAAGGAAAAGGACGGAUUUCCGAUGAGAAGCAGAAACUCUACGAGCAAUGUUUAAACGCUCCUUGUCCUGUUCGCUAUUUGACUCCUAAAGAGAUGGAGCGAGAAGGGCAACGUGAGAAGCUAGGGUUGAUUAGCAAAGAGAAGCAACGUGAUAUGGAGAUUCAGAAGAAAGGAGGAGCUUCAUCAAUGGGAAUCACCGAAGAGCCGAUGCGAAUCGGUACUCCAGGUUUGGAUUACAUUUCGUUAGGGAUUUUCGAAGCUGAGGAAUUGCCGAAAUACAAGCUCACGAUGGAAGACGGAGAGAAACUGGCGAAAGAGUACAGUAAAGUGCUGAUGAGAGAGCAUAGAGAUCGUCGUGCAGCUGAAACUGCGUUGCUGAAUUUGAAGAAAGCUGCGAUUGAAGCAUUGCCGGAGGACCUUAAGAAGGCUGCGUUAGAGCCUGAUUUGACACCGUUUCCGUCGAAUCGAGGUAUGGCUACUCUUACACCGCCUAUUGAAGGGUAUCUAGAGACUGUUAUGGAUGCAGCUAAGAAGAGCUCAAGCAAAGAGAAGUUGAGAUGA